AUGGCAGCGGUGGGAUCCAUAGUCAGAACCGGAGAAAAUGGCCAUCACACCCCUUCUGAGUCGGCCUGGAAGCUGGAAAGAAAAAAGGAUACAAACUUGAAAGCAAGUUGCGCCAGCAGGAACAUCCGCUUAGAGAGUCGAACGGAGUUACAUCUGAAUAUUGUAAUCGAACACGUGUUCUCGCUUAGCGACAUGGAUAACAGCAUGUUACCGAGUAGGGAGAGACGCGACGAUAACUUACUACGCCCGACAGACAUGAGAUCUGACAUAUUUGACAAUUGGCGAUCAAAUGUUGUCGAUGGUUCUUGCAUACAGAAUAGGAAAUCUACAACUCAUAAUAUUAUAAAGGAAACAUGUGCAGUGCUAAGCCAGGUUUCAUUGUCAAUAUACAUAAAAGUUCCUCCUGAAGAUGAUUGGAAACAUAUUAGCAAUGAUUUUUUAGCCAAUUGGAAUUUGCCGAAUUGUAUAGGUAUAAUUGAUUAUGGUAAACACAUAACUAUACAAGCACCAUCAAAUUCUGGAUCAAUGUAUUUUAAUUACAAAAAAACAUUCAGCAUUGUUUUAAUGACUGCUGGUGAUAGCAAAUACAAAUUCACUUUGAUCGAUGUUGAUGCAUUUGGAAGUGAAAGUAAUGGAGGAAUCCUUUCCAGAUCAGCGUUUGAUAAGGCCUUGUAUGACCCUCCCAAAUAAGAAGGAAGAGUGUGUGUCACAGCGGGGCCCGACCACGAACCAGU